ACGAUUGGAUAUUUCUUUGGAGGUCCACCAACAGUCUUUUUAUGCUGCUUUAUUCUUUUUCUCAACGAGCCAAGCGUGACGUGAGUCCCUCCUUUUAAAAGCGCAAUUCACUCCAACCGUUUCUAUCCAAUUCCUACCGUUCUGUUCAUACCGGCGACAAUGGGACUUGUCUUUUGCGUUCUCUUCGCCCUCUUUCUCACUCCUCCGUUCGCCUCUUCUCGAAUCUUAUCACACAGCCCUGCAACUUCACUUCUCGAUGUCAAAGCCUCCAUUAAGAGAACCAGAGACGUUUUCUCUUCUGUUCCUGAAACGACACCGUUACACCACCAAGAGACCGCUUCCUAUUCCUCCUCGUUGUUGUCAAUGGAGCUACACUCUAGAACUUCCGUUCAUAUGGCUUCACAUACCGACUACAAAUCUCUUACUUUAGCUCGACUCGAGCUCGAUUCCGCCCGAGUUAGAUCUCUCACCUCUCGUUUAGAUCUGGCCAUUCAUGGCAGCUCCGCCUCGGAUCUUAAGCCGCUUUAUAGUGAUAUGGAGUUCAAAGCUGAGGAUCUUCAAAGUCCCAUCGUCUCCGGGACUAGUCAAGGAAGUGGUGAGUAUUUCUCCCGUAUUGGAAUUGGAAAACCGCCGAGUUCCGUUUAUAUGGUGCUCGACACUGGCAGUGAUGUUAAUUGGGUUCAAUGCGAACCCUGUGCUGAUUGCUACCAGCAAGUCGAUCCGAUCUUUGACCCUGCUUACUCUGCUUCAUACUCGACUCUUACAUGCGAGACCAAACAAUGCAAGUCCCUCGACAUAUCUGAGUGUCGAAACGGUACGUGUCUCUACGAAGUGUCCUACGGAGACGGCUCAUAUACCGUCGGCGAUUUUGUUACCGAAACCAUCACUCUCGGCUCAACUUCGAUUGAAAAUAUAGCCAUUGGCUGUGGACAUAAUAAUCAAGGUUUGUUUGUUGGAGCCGCCGGUUUGCUUGGACUUGGUGGCGGUUCACUCUCUUUCCCGUCUCAGAUAAAUGCUGCGAGUUUCUCUUAUUGUCUCACUGAUCGCGACUCCGACUCUGCUUCAACUCUCGAGUUUAACUCCACUUUCCUUCCAAAUGCUGUUACUGCUCCAUUAAUCAGUAACCACGAGCUCGAGACGUUUUAUUACGUCGGCAUAACAGGUCUGAGUGUAGGUGGCGAGUUGCUCUCUAUUCCCGAGUCAGCAUUCAAAAUGGACGAGUCAGGAAACGGAGGGAUAAUUAUUGACUCAGGCACUGCCAUAACUCGGCUUCAAACGGACACUUAUAACUCUCUACGUGACGCAUUUGUUAAUGCCACGAAGAACUUGCCGACGACCAACGGCGUUGCAUUAUUCGACACGUGUUACGAUUUGUCAACGAAGGGUAGCGUGGAGGUUCCAACGGUGUCGUUUCACUUCCCGGAAGGCAAGGUGUUACCGUUACCAGCGAAGAAUUACCUGAUACCGGUUGACUCGGAGGGAACGUUUUGUUUUGCGUUUGCUCCAACGACUUCGAUGCUGUCAAUUAUUGGGAACGUACAGCAGCAGGGGACACGUGUCGGUUUCGAUAUCGCCAAUUCUCGUAUUGGCUUCGAGCCUAAUAAAUGCUAGGGGCUGAUGGGAUGUUAUUAUUUAAUUCUCGUUGACGGUUUUAUCCCUAACGGUGAUUAUAUUUUACGAGGUAUAGCUCUGAAAUGUGGCCUAGGAGUAAUGUUGAGAUAGCCGUUACGUUGUAGAUGACAGAUGUGGGUGUUAAUUUAAAGGAAAGAAAGCAAAAUGCUAUUUUAAUGUAUAAUUUGCAGGGUCAUCCCUUUAUUCCUGCACAAAUGAGGGGAGAUGUUCUCUUUAUGCUUCGGGUGGCAGGGGAUUCUGACCUCACAGAUCUUCUUUGGCAUUGUUUGAUUUCGAUUGUAAGUGAAGCUAUUCACACUAUUUACUCUUUUUUUUUUCUCAA